CACAAUAAAAUAUAAUGGAAUUAUGCCAACAAGUAAACACAAACACAUCUGUCACAGUAUUUUAUUUUUUAUAAUAUAUAUUUUUUAAUAUUUUAAAGCUGCAUCGAUUUUCAGGGCACUAUAGUAAUGCAAAUAUUAUCUGAACACUAAAAAACAAAAACAAAAAAUAACCUUGGAAUUCAAAUGCAAAACACUUAAUUAGGUAAAAGAUGUUUCAGAGAAAAGCUCUGAUUUCACUAUCGUUGCUGUUUUUAUUAGUCAUUUUCUUGUGAAGAUCUUUCCCUUCCGCCCUUCGUGGACUGAGGCCGACUCUGAUCCCAGUAGAAUGAGAGAAAAAAAACGGAGCCACCUGUCCUCCGUUUCCUCAUCCUCCUCUUCCUCCACAAAGUGCAACAGUCCGGCAGCUCCAGCAGCCGAACAUGGAGGCCGAGCAGCGGCUGCCUGGGAGCGGACGGCGCGGUGUAAAAAGGAGGAGGAACACGGAGCCCGUCACAAACCAUCACAACACAACGAACUGCUCCGCCGACUUUCACGGGCAGCGCAGAGGGGUGGAGUCCAGUUCCACAGCUAAGUGCGGCAGUUUGAUGCUUCAGUUGGAUGGUUUUCCUACUGGAGACGGUGUUCAGGCUGAUCGAUCGGCUGGCAGACUGACUGGAUCCAUGAUGGAAUUACAGACGUUACAGGAGGCUCUGAAGGUGGAGAUCCAGAUCCAUCAGAAACUGGUUGCUCAGAUGAAACAGGACCCUCAGAACGCAGAUCUGAAGAAGCAGCUGCACGAACUUCAGGCUAAGAUCACCGCGCUCAGCGAGAAGCAGAAAAAGGUGGUGGAGCAGCUCAGAAAGGAGCUCCUGGUGAAGCAGGAACCUGAGGCCAAGCUGCAGCUGCAGGUCCAGGCCCCUCCAGUAGGGGGCGAGAUGAAGCCGAUGAACCUACUGCAGAGCCAGCAGAUUACUGGAGGACUGCAGCAGACGCUGACGGUCACGCCGGUUCUCACCACCAAGACUAUACCUCUGGUGCUGAAAGCUGCUGCCACGCCUGCCCUGCCUGGUUCCGUCCUGGCACAGCGCCCUCCCACUGUAGCUAUGGUAACCACAGCUAUCACCAAACCUGACUCGCAGAAUGCCCCCAUUAAUCUGCAGGUGACCAGCAAGCUGACCAAUCAGAGCUCAGAACCUGUACGGCUGGUGUCCAAGAACGCCGUGGUGGUGCAGGCCACCACCACCGGCCAGCCAAUCAAAGUUCCUCAGUUUGUCCCUCCUCCUAGACUGACGCCUCGACCCACCUUUCAGCCACAGCAGGUCAGACCAAAACUGGCCACACCCACUAAUGUCCCCAUCGCUCCGGCACCUCCACCGCCCAUGAUGGCAGCCCCCCAGCUUCUGCAGAGGCCUGUCAUGUUGGCCACCAAGCUGUCCACUUCGCUGCCUUCAGCCACCCCCAUCCACCAGGUGCGCAUCGUCAACGGACAGCCAUGCAGCAAGACCGGCUCCGCCCCCCUGACGGGUAUCGUCAUAACCACGCCCGUCUCUGCCGCUCCGACUCGCCUCGCCAGCCCCGCCCAGGCACCCAACAACCCUGCCCAGGUUCCUGUCCCGCCCCCAGCGCCUCCCAUCCAGAUUAGCAGCCUGAAUAUUGAGCCCAAGGCAGAAGGAGAGGCUGAGGGAGAAAAAAAAGACAGAGAGACAGAGGAGCUGCAGCAGGUGGACGGAGAGGCAGAGGGAGAUCUGAGUGUGACAGAGAAAGGAGAGCAAACAGGCCAAGAGAGGGAAAAUGAUGAAGCUGCUGCAGCCACUCAUUCCACUGCAAGAUUUGAUUUAGGGGACAAAGACACAGGGCCCAGACAGACUGUUAAAUCAGGAGGAGCUGAGCAAAAGGUGGUGGUCAGCCUCCCCUCCUCCUCCACCCCUCCGCUGUCUCCUCCCAAACCCAAGAAAGAGGAGAAGCCAGAGAAACUCGCCUUCAUGGUAUCCUUGGGCCUCGUCACACACGACCACUUGGAAGAGAUCCAGAGCAAACGGCAGGAGAGGAAGAGGAGAACGACAGCCAACCCGGUAUACAGCGGAGCUGUGUUUGAACCUGAGAGGAAAAAGAGCGCAGUGAGUUACCUGAACAGCCCUCUGCACCAGGGGACCAGGAAGAGAGGUCGCCCACCCAAAUACAGCAGCGUCCCGGAGCUGGGCAGCCUCACCCCGACCUCCCCCUCCAGCCCCGUCCGUCCCCUCCCCCUGCCCAGCCCCAGCUCUGGGGAUGGAGACAUCCAUGAGGAUUUCUGCACUGUGUGCAGACGCAGUGGCCAGUUGCUCAUGUGCGACACGUGUUCUCGUGUUUAUCACCUGGACUGCCUGGAUCCACCCCUGAAAACCAUUCCUAAAGGCAUGUGGAUCUGUCCAAAAUGUCAAGAUCAGAUCCUGAAGAAAGAAGAAGCCAUUCCCUGGCCCGGCACCCUGGCUAUUGUCCAUUCCUACAUCGCUUACAAAGAAGCUAAAGAAGAGGAGAAACAGAAGCUGAUGAGGUGGAGUUCAGAGCUGAAGCUUGAGCGAGAACAUUUGGAACAGAGAGUGAAGCAGCUCAGCAACUCCAUAACGAAAUGCAUGGAGACAAAAAACACCAUCCUGGCCCGUCAGAAGGAAAUGCAGCUCUCCCUCGACAAAGUGAAGCACCUGAUUCGCCUCAUUCAAGCCUUCAAUUUUAAUCAGACUCUGGCAGAGACAGACGGGAAGGAGACCAGAGUCCAGGAGGUGACUCCAACAGCUGUGGUCCCUUCUGAACCCGUCGCACCCGAAGCCAACUCUGUGGAGAAGGCAGGGGGGCACUCCUUCAGCAGCACACAGGAGAAGCAGCAGACAGCAGGAGGUCCAGGGAGUGCAGACAGACAGCCGGACAGCUCGAUCCCAACAGCAGAGAACUGUCCCAGUGCGGGAGCAGUGGGGAAGCUCGGGAGUGGGUCAGGAGUCCGGGGUCACACGGAGGCUGGGCCCAGCCCAGAGACUGAUGCUGCUCCGGUGGGUGACGUCACUGCAACAGUUGCCACCACCAACGGUUUGGCGGAGCCCAGCUGCCCCGACCACAGCCCCACUGGAGUCUGCACCGCCAACGCCGCCACCAACUCUGAGAACAAGAUAGUUACCAUGAACCCCGUAGAGACGGUGGAGAAGAAACAGGAAGAGGUCGCCACCAGCGACGGUAGCGGCACCAACAACAGCAAAACCUCAGAACCCUCCCAGCAUCCUUUGCCAGCUCUCGUCAGCAGUUUGGACAAUAAAAAGUAAUGCUGCGUCUUCGGUCGCAGGAAUUCAAGCAUAUAUAUAUAAAAAAAAAAGACUUUUGCUUGCACCUCACGGUGCCCUGAAGUUGCCAAUCUGUAUAAAUGUUGUUUGUUUGCAUUGUAUUGUCAGACUGUGUCAAUGGUAGAUAUACAGCCGGAGUCACGUGACUCUGGAAAGACGCCGGCCAACCCACCCGCGGAGACGGGCUCCAGGAAGCCGUGCGCACCAGUGUCAUCAUGCCAAUUAGUGAUAGAAAUCAUGGUGGGAAUACUCAAAGGGAGUUUCAAUCCAUCAUCACACCGGUGUGUGCCUGUUACAGUGGCCCCUGUGUUCUCUUGUGGGGUGGGGAGUCGUUCCCAUGGGUGCGAAGAUGAGCAAGAACAUGGAACCAAACAUCUGUCAGGGGUAACUGGUCCAAGAAGCAGUGUUGUGAUAGUUUGUGUUCUGAAACGUCGACCUGUUUGUUCUCUCGUUGCGUUCGACCUGAUCUGGAUCAUCCUCUGCAGUCCUGCGGCCUCGGCUCUACCUUAACUGAUGUUUCGGCAUCGUGGUUUUAACCAAACUAAAUAUUUUAUGGUACAAAAGGUUCAGUGUGCUUCAAACCUUUAGGAAGGUGUCAUCGGCGUAUGGUCGAAGCUUUAGUCAAGCUUUCUAUAGAGUUUAGUAGUUCAGUCUAGUUUUCUUUGAUUCGGUAUGGGUGGCAAUUUAUUAUUAAACAAUCACCUCAUUCCAUCUAUCUUUAUGACCCCAGCUGAACUGUGAAUUUAUUGACCAGUUGUAAUCCAAAGUUUAAAAAGUCCCUGUGUGUAGAAAGUCCUUCAAAAGGAUGAUACUAGUAUGUCAGAGGAAAUGGUACAACAUUCCCAUCAACCAUCACUUCUGCUUCAAGGGUGAGCUAAAGUAUUGCAGAAGUCUUUUCAUGAGACUCCAUCAAUCCAUUUUCUAAACCGCUCUGUCUUUUCCGGGCUGCCGGAGCCUAACCCCACCACUUCUGGACAAAGGCAGGAGACUGUAGACUCGUGAAGCUCACUUGAAGCAUACUGACACCUUUCAGAACUUCCGAGUCCCACAAACAUUCCCCGAGCUCAGGCCGUCAGGACCUCAAAGGCUGCUCUCAGCAGGCACGAGGCCAAACAGGCGCAGUAGCCUACAGAUGUUCUCAGUGGUGUCGGUCAAGUGUAGUGAUUGAGUUUUCAUUCGUGAGUCAAGUGUGUCAACUGUGAGCACUAAAUGUGAAACUGCAAUAUUGCAACGUCAACACACACACACAAACUAUAUCUGGGCUGUGUUUCUUUUUAUAGGAAAAGAUAUUCAGGUCUUCCUCGUCUUCAGAAUAAGUGCUUUCUGUUCCUGAACCUGCUGGACUGGCAUCAUCAACACAAAGAAGUGGGGAUCUUUGCAUUUUGUGCGUUUCUCUCAAAUCCUGAACUGCCAAAAUGAUGUUGCAUCCAAAUUCAGCAGGGACAAGUCUACUUACUGUCUUGAAAGAACAAACCGCUGGCAUUUUUAUAUGAAGAUGCCUCCUUUUUAAAAUUGGAAGUCCCCAUGUAGAGAUAGGAGAACUUAUCAAACAAUAACCGACAGGAUGUGUUUCUGUCCCGAAGCAGAGCGACUCGUUGUGUGAAACUUCGGAUGGAUGAAAACACAACUCCUGAGAAUAAAGCACAAGCUUGCUGCAUUACAAAGAAGUGCUGAAGAGCUUUUUGUACAUGGAAUUAAACAGAGUAUGCAUCUCUUUGUUGUGAUGUGACUUAUCCCCACAUGCCAAUAUUUUUCUAGGAGGAAAUACUGACCUCUGUCUGACACCAAGGCUCAAAUCAUGGAGAUGUUUUUGGUGAGGAGUUGCUCGGCAUUAUCCCCUGCAUGUGGGCAGAGCUGGGAUUUGUGGUGGCGGUCAGUCGGGUGUGUCUUUGUGCGUUGAACUGAUCAUGACUUUGGGCUUCUUGUUGGGUAUGAGGCAAUAACAAAUUCUGGUCUGCUCAUCAAUGGUGCCUCUGGCUGUGCUGGAAUCUCUUUUCGUUUUUGCUUGAAGUUUGGUUUCUGAGCAUUGUAUCCCACCCUGGCUUUUGAUCGACUCAGGAGAGGACUUCUGACUUGUCUUUUGGGGUCACCAUCCGGCUGCGUUUUGAGACGGAGGAUGUGAUGUUCUGAAGUUCAGGGGGAACACAAUGUUGUGGUCUGCAGAGAGCUGUUUGUGUCAUGGAGGCUGAAGCCUUCGUGUCUUGACUUCUGGUUUCUCACCACAGCUGUGAAAACUGCCUUCUUUCAGAAGAUCCCAGAGCAUCUCCUGUUUGGCUGCAGUGGCUUUUCUUUUUGGAUAAACGUGGUCUGUAUAGUUUGAGCCCCAGACAACGAGCCAGAGGAGAAACUCCAAACGUGUCCCCACCUCUGUUUGCCUACCCGCCGUUGUGUCCUGUUGUGUGUCUGUCCUCGGGUGUGUGUCCUUCAGAACGGUCAUCCAGUCUUUUUCAUUCGUGUUCCAGGCGGACUGGAACUCUCCCUCUGUACAGUAGGUACCUCGAGUGCCUUUCUUCAAACAGCAGAUAAUAUUUGUCUCUUGACUUGCACUGUGACUCGUAAAACCUUACUUACCCUUUGGAUUUCCCUCCCCCCACCCACCCUUCUCUCUCCCAGACUCCAGACGCGGUCACAUCGCUUCAGGCUGCCAACAGUAGAUGCAAGUUGAAAAUGACAUGUCAUACCGAACUGACCACAUAGUGUUUCGUUGUCGAUUCUAGAGGUUGCCUUAAUGUGUUUUUGUUUUCUGUUUAUUUUCUGCUGAAACUUUAUGGGAGGAAAGUCGCCGACUUCUCUUGGAUCUGUUUCAUGAUGCACUUUUAGUUUGACCAGUAUUAUUGUCAGAGUGAGAGCGGUGUCCUUAAGUGGUCACAGUCAUUUUUAAAAACCCAUUAUCCCCCCCCUACACACACACACACACACACCUUCUAUGGGUCUUCUGCUUCAAAGGAGGCGGAGCUUGCCGAGUCGGGUCAUUGAGCCAGAGCCGGAGGUGCGUUUCUGAUCAACAAAUUUUGACGGAGUUAGCGCCAUCUGUCGGCUCCGCAUGGCGCCUUACAUGCCUUCUUAUGCAAGUUUUUAUAUGAGUUUUGUUUUAAUAUGCAUUUUUUUUCUUGUUUUUUUAUGUUACUUUUUUAUUUCUGCAUCCUAAUACUAAAUGUGUGCAGUUCAGCCAUUCCAGAGGAAAUGUCUUUAUGUUCUUUUAAACUAUUUGGGUUUUAAAAACUCAUCUGACCCUGCAGAAGUUUCUGUGUUAACCAUGGGAACCACAUGGCGCAGGGCGGUUGAUGGCUUCGUCUUUACAUGCUUGAAGUAAUGUUGGCUCCUGUGUAUGUUGGAAUUCCUGCAGAAAUGCAUGAAAAUGGGGGGUUGGGGACGGGAAGAGGCCAUGCAAGUUCAUUUAUAUCUUUAAUUUAUCCAAAGAGAUGUGGAUUUGUUUUUUUUAAAGCCUUUACUGCAUAUCAUUUGAACAAACACAAAGUGUGGUUGCACACCUGAAAAGCGUUGUGUCCUUGGGGGCUCUGCCAUGCAUCAAACAGAAGGCUCCAUGCCACCCUGGGGUCCAUGUGAGGCUGAUUUUUCCAACUCCACCCUUCUAUUUGUCAGAGAUCGAGUCAUGAUUGUGGCCUUCUAGUAUUCUGUCGAUUCAUGACACCAUUAUUCUGUUCCCACCCAGCUGCCCUCUGUCAUCCAUCCAUCCAUCCUCCAUCCUGUCCUGACCCAAAGGUACACCUGCAGCUUCUUACCUCAUCCACAGUUGAUUCCAUUGGGGGUGUGUUGAGUGCAAAAAAACAACAAAAAAACAACAAUAAUGAUUAAAAAAAA